CUCCACAGUCAUUUCGCGACAGCCACAGAAACAUCUUAGUAAACGCUGGGCAGUAUUCUAAAUCAAGUUAUAAUUUAUUAUUAAUAUAUUAAUAAAAAGCAAUAUUUAAAAUAAACAAAAUAGUUUUAUACCUGCAAAUUAAAAAAUGGCUGCCCAACGAGCACGGCGUUCAAAUGCUGGUAAUAGAAUUGCAAAAUUGUUGGACAAUGAGGAAGAGGAUGAUUUCUAUAAAACCUCCUAUGGUGGGUUCCAAGAGGAAGAAGAGGACAAAGAAUAUGAACAAAAAGACGAGGAAGAAGAUGUUGUGGACUCCGAUUUCAGUAUCGAUGAAAAUGAUGAACCCAUUUCAGAUCAUGAUGAUGAAGAGGGCAAAAAACGUAAACGUACCGGCGUUAAUACUAAGGCAUAUAAAGAACCAAAACCAGUGAAAAAAGAUGAAAAAACAACAAGUCCAGCAAAAAAGAAAGCUACUAAAGCUCUUAAGAGAAAAAUACGUCCAAAAUUUACAGUUCUCGAUUCAGCGCGUAAAUCUAUAAGAACCUCGACGGCCAUCAAAACACAAGCAACAAAAAUUCGUCUGAAAGAAAUGGACGAUGCUCGAAAAAAGAAGAAAAAAGUAAAGAAGUUGGAAGAAUAUAUGCCAACCCAGGAGGAACUUUUAGAAGAAGCUAAAAUAACAGAGGAAGAGAAUAUUAAAUCUUUAGAAAAAUUUCAAAAAAUGGAACUAGAGAAAAAGAAAACCCGACCCACAAAGCGUAUUUUUAGUGGUCCAAUGAUACGCUACCAUUCAAUGACUAUGCCAGUAGUGCGUAAACAUACUCGAGGUUAUAGCGCCCCAAAUGAUCCCAAUGAUCCUAGAUCAAAAUGUGAAAGAACAUUUAUAUCAUUAGAAAAUGACUUGGAUGAAAAAGUGUUUCACAAUAUAUUCAAAAGUAAAAGACUACAAAGAAACUCAGGCUACCUAUGUCCAAUUACAAAAUUACCUGCUCGCUACUUUGAUCCUGUUACUCAACAACCAUAUUACAGUAUACAGGCAUUUAAAAUUUUGCGCGAAGCCUACUAUAUGCAGCUUGAGGAGCGGGGUAAUACCGAUAAUCCAGAAAUGCAAAAAUGGCUUGAAUGGCGUAAAAUGAUUAAAGAAAAUCGUUUGAAAGCUGUAGCUAAUAAAAUUAACAGUUCAUAAAUACAUACAUUUGUAUUUCAUCAUACUCAUCCACAUUUGUAUUUCAUCAUACUCAUCCUCAUUAUCAACAUCAAAUAUAAUGUAAGUUUGUUUUUAAAUUUCUUUUUUUAUUUUAAAUAUCCUUUUUUAUUUAGUAUAACUUACAAAAUAAUAAUAUUCUAGUUCAUAAAAAUAACAUUCAACAUUUA